UUGUGGAGACCUCAUGCCCUCUCCCUUCUCACUUACCUUCAAAAUCUAAUCCAACGCUUCGUAUUCAUCUCACAGAACCAAUCAGCCACAAGUGAUAUAUUAUCAUUGUUGGCUAUUAACCUCCCCAUUUUUGUAAUUUCUCUGAGAAAGCAGGUUUUGUAGUUCAAAGCUUAGCUCGGGGCAUUAAAACAUGGCUUCUGUGAUCAUGUCAUUUGCUCCGGCCACCACGAGAGUGUUUGCGACGGCGGCUGCAAAGGGCGCAGGCGGCGGCAAAGAGGAGAAAGGUCUUCUGGAUUGGAUUUUGGGAGGCUUGCAGAAGGAAGACCAGCUGCUUGAGACUGAUCCUAUACUCAACAAGGUGGAGGAAAAGAGUAGAGGCACCACCAGCGGUGGCGGGAGAAACUCUGUCGCCAUGCCCCAAAAGAAGAAUGGUGGCUUUGGAGGAUUGUUUGCCAAGAAAUGAUGACAAGGCCUCAAAUUGCCUGCUUUAUUGUUCCUCUGUAUUAUGCUUUUGACCAUUAUUUUUGCAUCCCCAACUUAUGUUUAUUCUUUUAAGGAUAUUGCUGCAUGCUGAUUUUGGUCUUCUUUUCAGACAGUAAAUUGAAAUUUAAACUGGUCUCUGUUAAAUAUGUUCAAAUGACAAUGUGUAAUAGCAAAAACUGCAGUUCA